GCUGAGAAUGAGGGAUUACAACACACCGGAAGUGGACACCGAGUGGAAAACAUGGAUCAACUGGAACGGACUCUGAGGAGGAAAUGACCGAGGAGGAUGAAGAGGAGGAUGAAGAGCAGCUAAUCAGUGGCUGCAACGCUGACAGUUCAUAAGGAUUAUUGUAUGACAUGUGACCGGACACCAGGGGUUGUUCCCUGUUCCUCCUGGAGACCAAAGCGGUGCAUUUUACGCACAGUUUACGCAAACUUCCUUCUCCAGAUUUCUGCCUGACAUCAUCGGCUGUUGGCUGGCUGGGAAUGAAUCAUCGUCUUCAUCAUCAGGGGGGGUCAGGGAUGCUGUCACUGUCACUGCACCCUUAAAACACACACACACACACACACACACACACACACACACACACACACACACACGUACACAAAGCCACUCUGCUCCGGUGUUUUUGGGAUUUGGGAAGCAUGGAGGAAAUCCUGCGGAAGCUGCAGAAAGAUGCGUCCGGACACAAGCACAGAUCCCUCCGCGACGCCUGCGUCUACGCCCGCGAAACCCUGGAGUGUCAGAAUGGAUCAUCCAAGAUUUCCCCGUCACAGCUUCGAGAGCGCUGCCUGCUGCCUCUACAGAUGGCUCUGGAGUCUAAAAACACCAAAUUGGGACAAACAGCACUCACUGGGAUGCAGAAGCUCCUGUGUGAGGACAGGUUUGUGGGGGGGGGCGGUGUGGAGGUGGAGGUCGUGGAGAAGCAGCUGCUCAGCCAGAUGUUGGAGGCCAUCAGAGUCACUCCCUCCCUCCAUGAAGACCUGCAGGUGGAAGUCAUGAAGGUGCUGCUGUGUAUCACCUACUCCCCAAACUUUGAUAUCAACGGAGACUCCAUCCUCCGGAUCGCUGAGGUGUGUAUCAAGACAUAUGUUUCCAGCUGUCACCAGCGCAGCAUCAACACGGCGGUCCGAGCCACGCUGAGCCAGAUUCUGGGAGACCUGACACUGCAGCUUCGACACAGACAAGAGGUCACACACACACACACACCAGAUAUUUCCCCCACCAGCCAGUCGCUGUGUGAAGAUGUGGUGACGGUGCUGACAGUUUUCUGUGAAAAACUGGAGUCAGUGGACAGUGAUAACCAGCUGCUGCAGCUCCUCUACCUGGAGUCCAUCCUCUCCAUGCUCAGCAGCUGUCCUCCCACAAUGCACCUGUCCAGAGGGUUCACAGACCUCGUAUGGAAGCAGCUGUGUCCGUCCCUCGUGGCGAUCAUGGGAAAUCCUGUCAACGACAAAACCAUCGCCUCCCACCACGGCCACAUGGGGGCGCCGGACCGCGCCUCGGACAGACUGAGUCUAGGAAUGGGCCAGGAUGUGGAUCUCUUCGGUGGGGGGGUAUCGGAUCAGGGUCGAGGGUCCGGCUGCUCCUCUAGCGCCCCUGCCAGGAUCGCCCCGGUGGUGAGGACUGUGUGUUACAUCGCUGCAGAGCUGGUGCGUCUGGUGAACUGCGUGGAGUCCAUGAAGCCGGUUCUGCAGUCGCUCUAUCACCGGAUCCUGCUGUACCCCCCCCCUCAGCACCGCACCGAGGCCAUCCGCAUCAUGAAGGAGAUUCUGGGCAGUCCUCAGCGUCUCUACGAUCUUGCCGGUCCGUGCGUGGCCGAACCUGAAACCAGGAAACGUUCAUUUUCCAAGAGGAAGUCUCACCUGGACCUUCUGAAACUAGUGAUGGAUGGGAUGACGGAGGCCUGUGUGAAGGGGGGCAUCGAGGCGUGUUUCUCCUCCGUCUCCUGCGCCUGCGCUCUCCUCGGGGCGCUGGAUGAACUUUCUAAGGGCCACGGCAUCCAAUCAGAGCAGGCUCGGCUGCUCCUCAGACGUCUGGAGGACCUUAAAGACGGUGCAGAAUCGACCCGGGAGUCCAUGGAGAUCAACGAGGCGGACUUCAGGUGGCAGAGACACAUCCUGGCCUCGGAGCAGCCUCCCUGGGACCCUAACUCCUCCAGCGUGGCCCCCAAAGAGCGAAGCCCCGACAUUAGCAUUAGCAUCACCACCGAAACGGGCCAAACCACCGUGGACCCGGAGGUGGAGGAGCCGAGCCAAACCUCUCCUGAAGAUUGUGAGGAGGAAACACAUCUCCCUUCACCAACUACUGGAGACGAGACCAAAUGUGAUCCGAUCCUGGAGGAGAACCAGUUGGAGGACGGAGGAUUGGAGAAGGAGAGAUUGGGAGGAGGAGAGCGAGGAGAUAGAGGAGAGAGAGGAGAGCGAGGAGACAGAGGAGCUGUGGUUCCUCCAGAUGUGGUGCAGAGGACUCACGGCCUCGUUUACCCCGACAUCACCAACUUCCUGUCUGUGGAGUCAAGGACCAGAACACACCAUGGGGCGGGAUCGAGAUACAGCGAGAGCAACUUCAGCAUGGAGGAGCAGGAUUUGUCGCGGACAGAGUUCGACUCGUGUGAUCAGUACUCCAUGGCAGCAGAGAAGGACUCGGGUCGCUCCGACGUGUCCGAUAUCGGCUCCGAUAACGUGUCUCUGGCUGACGAGGAGCAGCAGACGCCCCGAGACUGUCCGGGUCAUCGAUCGCUGCGCACCGCCGCGCUGUCACUCAAACUGCUGCGCCACCAGGAGGCGGACCAGCAGAGCGCGCGCAUCUUCGUGCAGGCGCUGGCCUCGCUGCUUCCUCGUCUGUUGGGACUGAGAAGUGCCGGCGAGGUGGACCUGUCGCUGCAGAAAUUCUCCUCCAACUUCUGCUCCGGACUGCAAGCUGGGGGGAUCCACUCCCCGGGUUUCGAGGCGGGCGACACUCUGACCUGUCAGUCUCUGAUGAACGCAGACGGUCUGUAUCUGGUGUCCUACUCCGCCCUGCUGCUCAACCUCAAACUGUGCUGCUGCGACUAUUACAGGAGGAGGACGCUCGCUCCCAGUCUGUGCCUGAAGGAGUUUGGCCGUCUGAUCCAGAGCAGUGGGGUUCUGGUGGUUCUCUCUCAGGCGUGGAUAGAGGAGCUUUAUCACCAGGUGUUAGACAGAAACCUGCUGGAGGAGGGGGGGUACUGCAUCUCUCAGGAGGACCAAUCAGUGGCCCUCAUCACCAUACUGACAGACAUCGAUGGUCUGGGCAGCAGUGCGAUUGGAGGUCAGCUGAUCAGGAGGGCAUCCAGCCAAUCACCACUCAGCGUUGAUAAGACAGGAAGUGACACGGUGACGGCAGGCGCCGUGUUCUCCCGCUUCAUCCUCACCGGUGUGUGGAAGAACCUGAUCGACGUGCUCUCCACGCCGUUGACCGGUCGCAUGGCGGGAAGCUCUAAAGGCCUGGCGUUCAUUUUGGGGGCCGAGGGGGUGAAGGAGCAGAGCCAGAGGGAGAGAGACACAAUCUGUCUGAGUUUAGACGGACUCCGGAAAGCUGCUGCGCUCAGCUGUGCUUUAGGUGUGGCAGCUAACUGUGCCUCAGCUCUCGCCCAGAUGGCUGCUGCCUCCUGUGUUCAGGAGGAGAAGGAGGAGAGGGAGGUGGGGGAGGUGGGAGACGCCAUCACACAAGUGAAGCACCGUCUGGAGCAGAUGUCUCGUCCUCAGGGAGUGCGUCUGCACACGGCUCACGUGUUGUGUAUGGACGCCAUCCUCAACGUGGGGCUGGAGAUGGGCAGCCACAACCACGACUGCUGGCCCCACGUCUUCAGGGUGACGGAGUACAUCAGCUCAUUGGAACACACACACUUCAGCGACGGCUCCCUGCACCCCUCCUCUCUAACCCCCAUCCUGCAGCAGGGGGGGGCCGUGGACUUGGGGGCGGAGCUUAGCUGUGAUCCCAGCACAGAGGCUUCGGAGCUGGGCCUGAGUCAGCCCGUCAUCCAGCCUCUUUCCAUCCAGGACCUGAUGAGGGGGAACAGCCUGAUGAGGGGGGGCAGCCUGAUGAGGGGGGGCAGCCUGAUGACGGGGAACAGCGCCACCAAAGCCGUGUGCACUCUGUCCACACAGGCAGACAGGCUGUUUGAGGAAGCAGCCACUAAGCUGAACCUGGUGGCUCUGGUUGGUUUCCUGCAGCAGCUCAGGAAGGCUUCUCAGUGUCAGCUGUUCCACUCCGUGACCGAGACCGGAGACUACUCACUGGCAAUGCCAGGAGAGGCCAAAUCCACUCUGGAGCGUCGCAGCGCUCUUCAUCUCUUCCGAUUGGGCGAGGCCAUGCUGAGGAUCGUCAGGAACAGGAACCGGCCCCUGCUGCACAUGAUGAGGGCCUGGAGCGUCGUGGCCCCCCACCUGGUGGAGGCGGCCUGUCACAAAGAGCGCCACGUUUCCCAGAAGGCCGUGUCCUUCAUCCACGACGUGCUGACGGAGGUGCUAACGAGCUGGGCGGAGCUUCCUCUCUUCCACUUCAACGAGGCGCUGUUCAGACCCUUCGAGCACAUCAUGCAGCUGGAGCUGUGCGACGAGGACGUGCAGGACCAGGUGAUCACCUCCAUCGGGGAGCUGGUGGAGAUGUGUUCCCCUCAGAUCCUGUCGGGAUGGAGGCCUCUGUUCAGCGCUCUGAGGACGGUCCACAGCAGCAAGACGGACACCAAGGGAUACCUGCUGGGGGAAUACUCCAUGGGUAAAUCCCAGGCUCCGGUGUUCGAUGUCUUUGAGGCGUUCAUCAACACCGACAACAUCCAAGUGUUCGCCAACGCAGCCACCGACUACAUCAUGUGUCUGAUGAAGUUCGUCAAGGGAUUAGGGGAGCAGGACUAUAAGGAGAUUGGAGACUGUGUCCAUGCGUCAGCUUUCAGCUCCACUGACCUCUGCCUGCCCGCGCUCGAUUACCUCCGAAAGUGUUCACAGCUGCUGGCAAAGAUCUACAGGAUGCAGUUGAAGCCGGUGUUUCUGGGGGCGCGGCUCGCCAGCCUGCCAAUGAGAUCGCAGGAGCGCUCGGUCAGCACGGAGGACGGGAUGGACUGCGUGCUGCAGGAGUUCGACGACGAAACAGGUCUCAUCCAGGUGUGGAUCUUGUUAUUGGAGCAGCUCACAGCGGCAGUGUCAAACUGUCCUCGUCAACAUCAGCCUCCGACCCUCGAGCUGCUCUUCACUCUGCUCAGAGAGGUGUCCACUGUGCCAGGUCCGGGUUUCGCCAUCUUCUCCGUCAUCCAGCUGCUGCUUCCUGUGAUGUCACUGUGGCUGCAGCGUAGCCAUGGCGACCACUCCUACUGGGAUGUGGCGGCGGCGAACUUUAAACACGCCAUCGGGCUGUGCUGCGAGCUGGUGGUGGAGCACGUCAACAACUUCAUACACUCAGAUAUUGGCUAUGAGUCUCUGAUCAACCUGAUGCUGAAGGACCUGUUUAAGCUGCUGGUCUCCUGUGUGUCAGAGCCAGCAGAGACCAUCUCCAGAGUGGGCUGCUCCUGCAUCAGGUACAUUCUGGUCACGGUGGGUCCGGUGUUCACGGAGGAGAUGUGGAGGUUAGCCUGCUGCGCUCUGCAGGACGCCUUCUCUGCUACACUGGAGCCUGUCAAGAACCUGCUGGCAUGUUUCCACAGCGGGUCGGACAGUUUCUCCGGAGACGCCUGUGAGGUGAAGGUAGCGGCUCCGUCUCACUCUCCUGCAGCCGAGGCCGAGUACUGGAGGAUCAGAGCCAUGGCUCAGCAGGUCUUCAUGUUGGACACCCAGUGCUCUCCAAAGACGCCCAACAACAAGGAGGGCUUUGAGCACGCUCAGUCCUGCGUUCUGAUCAUCGAGCUGCCGGCCGACCAGCAGGCCAACGGACAAGCUCAGAAGAGGAUCCCGUUCCGCACCAUCGUUGUGAGUCUGCUCUCGCACCAGGUGCUGCUGCAGAAUCUGCACGACAUCCUGAUGGAGGAGUUCGUGAAGCAGCCUGAAGGAAGUGAGAGGGUCACGCCGGGGACCUCUGACCCCAGCAGGGCCUCCGCCGGCUUCCUGCGAUACAUCUCCAUGACCAACCUGUCCAUCAUCCUGGAUCUGCUGCUGGACUCCUACAGGACGGCGCGGGACUUUGACACGCGGCCCGGUCUGAAGUACCUCCUGAUGAAAGUGUCCGGUGUGUGUGGAGCGGCUAAUCUCUACCGUCAGUCGGCCAUGAGCUUCAAUCUGUACUUCCAGGCGCUGCUUUGUGCCACGCUGAGCCAGGCCGAGAACAUGACCGCACAGCAGGUGAAGAGGCUGCUGUUUGAGGAAGAGGAGGGAAGCUCUGACUCUUCCCACCCUGGAUCCGCCUCCUCAGAGGACGAAGACAUCUUCGAAGAAACAGCACAGGUGAGCCCCCCUCGAGGUCGGGACAAGCGUCACCCCUGACGGCCCCCCUCUCUCAGCGUUCAGCCUCUGAGCAGCGCUGACUGGGCCUGGCUGGUGAAGCGUCUCUACAAACUGAUCCUGGAUCUGUGCAGCAGCUACAUCCAGAUGCACCGCGACCUGGAGAGCACUCUGGAGGAGGUGACUCUGCUGAGAGGAGGGGGGGGAGGAGGAGGAGAGCACGUCUUCUUCCUGCCUCUCUUCCAGUCAGAAACCUCCACUCCCACCUCAGCAGGGGGUUUGUCGGCCAGGGAGACGCCUUCAGAGGACGGGGGGUAUCGGUGUCGAGAGGCGGAGAGCACAGCGUCACCCGGAGACACUCCGACUCCAAGUCCAAGCCCCGGAUACAGGUCUGAGAACAGAACACCUGGGAGGAGGAAGGAGUGGUGGGAGAGCGCCGGGAACAAACUGUACACCAUCGCGGACAAGACCAUCAGCAAGCUCAUGAUGGAGUACAAGCGCCGGAAACAGCAGCAGCAGAGCAACGUCAACCUGUUCAUGAAGGAGCAGGGCCGCGGUGGAGGGGCGGAGCCACAGAGACCCCCCCUGAUGAGACCCCAAAAUCUGGUGGACCAGCAGGGGGGGGGGGGCCCACUGAGGCACUCUGUCAGCGCGGGGCCGGAGGUACUGAGGCAGGAGAAGAGACCCAGAUCAGGGUCCACCAUCAGCUCCCACAGCAUCACCCUAAGGGACUCGGAGGCCCAGAUACAGGCAUGGACCAACAUGGUGCUGACGCUCCUGAAUCAGGUCCUGCUGCUCCCAGACUCGUCCUUCCUGGCUCUGCUGCCGGCGCUCUACCCCUGCGUCAGUCAGCUGACCUGUCACGUGACCGACGCUCGAGUCCGCCAGGCGCUCCGAGAGUUGAUGGGCCGCGUCGGGAGACUCUACGACAUCAUCGUGUGACGGACUGGACGAAAGACAUGCAGACAGUUGAAGAGCGAAGUCUGUGAAGGACGUUCAGAUUAAAAGUAGAAUGAGGAUCAAUGCUGUCAUGUGAUGGCGCCGCUGAUUGAUGAUUGGCUGACGUAAUGGAAAGGUGAGGCAUCAGAAAACAACCGUGUCUGAUGUUUUCGUAUGGAUUUGUGGCACUUUGGAAGAACAUCAUGUGACUUUAAAUGGGAGGUUUUGAUUGGCAGAUGAAGAACAGAGGAUUCAGUUGCUUUGUUUAUGAUGGACAUGUUGUUGUUGUUUUAAAGGGAAUGUGCCUCUUGUUAUUUUGUUCCUGUACUGUGUCAAAAGCUUUACAUAUGAUUUGCUAUUUAUCAGUUUUGAGGGAAACGAUGCAGAGUUGCUCAUAAUCGAAUGACAGCAUUGUCAUGUUGUCCAAAUAUGCUUCCACCUAGGGGAGAAAUGAUACAUGAAUUACAUGAAGCUAUUGAUACGGAAGAGGAUUAGCGCUACAAGAUAUUUAGAGAUCUGACCAAUAGGGUUUGUUUGUUUUAGUUCUGAGAUUAAAAUCUGAAUUCUGAGGAAAAAAUUGGAAUUUCAGAAAAAGUUAAGAUUCUGGGAAAUAAGUCGGAAUAUUGAAAAAAGUAUUUUCAGAAAUCUGAAAAAGUUAGAAUUUUGACAAAAAGUCCGAAUUUGCAAAAAAGUCGAAAUUUGUGAAAACAACAGAAUUUUGAUAACAUUUCAGAAUUUUGAUAAAAAGUCAGACUUUUUCGAAAAGUUUAGAAGUUUUCUCAGAAUUCUGGCCAUUUCACUCAAAGAAAACAUCAUUUCUGCUCAGAUCUAAAAAAUGUAAAAUGUGACCUCUUUCUCAACCAUAAGUCCUGGUGACGUAAAUGUGGACAAAAACAAUGAAUUAUUUUCAUUUUUACCUCCAUUAUUUUUCUUUUGACACCUUUCCGAGUGACCCUGCUGAUCAGCUGAUCUCUGAGAAAUGUCUUACAUAGUGCCAGAUCAGAUGAAGGUCACCGAGUGAAAGCAAAUUUAAAAAUACUGUAAUUUUAUUUAAUUGUUUAUUUAAUUCUGCGAGUCAGGCCACAUUAAAUACGCUGGAGAAACAUGUCCUUGCAUCUGAUCUGAUUGUAUAUUAACGUGUGUCGCUGCAAUGCAUUUUCUAUAUCCAGCUUUCAAAACUGUGCGCUGAUCUUUUUGACCUCAAACUCUCUGAAUCAAAUAUUUAUUCAAACCAAAUCCCACAUACAGUUUGUGUAUUUUGAAAGCUUAUGAUUUACAUGAGUGUGUAUAUAAAUGAUAUGUAUCCAGUUUAAAUUAUUUAUUAUUUAAGAUAUUUAAAGUGUGAUUUCCUGCAUUUUCUUUGUUGUUUUUAUACUUUACUUUCACUUGAUGCAGUGUGUGUGCAUGUGCUUACUGAUUGACAUGAGGUACGAUGGAAGUGUGACCAACUAUUGUUAAAAGGCCAAAAAGCGCGAUCACAUGACGUUACAUCUAAAUACAAACCUGUCUGUAAUCCGAGGCAAAGAAGCAGCUUUUACAAACAUUUUAAAGUGUUUAUUUUGGGUUUCCAAUAUCAAGCCAAACGUAACAAUUGUACUCAUAAUAUUUCCACAUUUAAGGCGAGCACAUUUCCCUGAAACAGAUUCUUGCUCCACAGAGGGAUACACCCUUCAGAUUCCAAUGACCACCUGCCUCACUGAAGAUCUCAUUGCAAUUGUCAGCAAACAUGUAUCAUCUCUAGGUUGUACGCUUGCUAUAUUUAUAAUUAAACGCCACUAAAAUCAC